AUGACUGUGAAUAAGGAGCUGAGAGAUAUCCUGAACGGGUACUAUGAUAAGAUAAGAUCGAAGAUCGGGGAAAACAAGCUAGACGAGGUCAUAUAUUUGGUUGAUUCAUUGUCAGCAACAUUCAAGCUCUCUUCUUCCUCUUAUGAUAGGUCUUCUUGUACUCCAUAUAACAACGAAGUUUAUGAGAAAUACGGGGUCAAGGAAUAUGUAAAUGCAUCCUUUGUUCCAACACCCAGGACACUAUUUAUAGCAGCACAGAAUCCAAAGGACGAAAAAAGAGAUGUUUUUCUUGAUUUUCUGAUGAAAUCAAACACCAAUCUAGUUGUUUCUCUAAUCAAUGACCCAAAGUAUUUUGAAGAAGAAUGGCUCCAGAACAGAAAAGUUAUAAAGCAUGUGGGCAAGGACUUAUUCAUUGAUGAAGCUUACAAUGUCCAAGGAAGAAGUAUAAGAAGACUUAGAUAUAUCAAUUGGGUAGACUUCUCAGUAAUCACACGAGAGGAGAUGGAAACAUUCCACUCAUACUUCGACUCAAUCCGUUCUGAUCCAGUAGUUGUGCAUUGCGUUGCUGGUGUUGGAAGGACAGGGACAUUUAUCAUGUACGAUAUUCUUAAGGGAAUGAAGGACAUUACUUUGGACGCGUUUGUGAAUGUCUUUCUAAGCCUUAGGAGUAAAAGGGCCCACCUUGUAACAAACAAAGUCCAGCUGGAGUUCCUAAAAAAUAUUUUCUUAAAGGAUUAA